UUUAUUCACAAUGAAUUGUAAUAUUUAAUUGUAUUUAUGCAGUACUUCAAUCAGAUUUUGACAGCUGUACUUGAAGUUUUAGAUGAUUCUGAUUCCUCAAUCAGAGAACUGGCUCUGUCAUUGAUAGUUGAAAUGCUUAAAAACCAGAAAGAUGCUAUGGAAGAUUCUGUUGAAAUAGUAAUUGAGAAGCUGCUUCAUGUAACGAAGGAUAUUGUUCCAAAAGUUUCAAAUGAAGCUGAGCAUUGCUUGAAUACAGUGCUGUCUCAGUAUGAUCCAUUCAGAUGCUUAAGUGGUAUUGUACCUUUAUUAGUUACUGAAGAUGAGAAGACUCUAGUUAUUUGCCUAAACUGUUUAACAAAGCUUGUGGGCCGGCUAUCACAGGAUGAACUAGUGGCUCAGCUGCCCUCAUUUUUGCCUGCUCUUUUUGAAGCUUUUGGAAACCAGAGUGCAGAUGUCCGGAAGACGGUUGUGUUCUGUUUGGUGGAUAUCUAUAUAAUGCUGGGGAAAGCAUUUUUGCCACACCUGGAGGGGCUUAACAGCACUCAGUUGCGGUUGGUUACAAUUUAUGCAAAUCGAAUCUCACAGGCCAGAACUGGCACCCCUAUAGAUGCUAACCAUGAUUAGCCAGUUCAUUUGGAUGGGGAUGUCGGGUUUUCCAAACAUUUACUUAUUCAUUGUUGUGUAUUUUGUAUAUCGUGUGUGAAUGCAUUUCAACAGCGAUCUCAGUUUUCUUUCCCCUUUUAUCUUUUAGAAUGUAUACUUCACUUC